AUGUCUACUAUUUCCGCUUUGAAGUAUAUCAUUCGCCGCUUUAUUGAACACAAGAUUGACACCAAAGACUUGGAAACGAUCCUGGACACUCCUAUGCCGCUUGCAGUAGCCUCGUUAACCCUGCAGGAUGUCCAGAAGAUCCUGGGUCUCACCCUGGUUGUAGAUAAUGAGUUCGACUUUGUUGCGCCUGUCCCCAUCCCGCCAGAUCUCAAACUCUGGUUGGAAAAGUCCGACCGCGCUCAUGGCGCCAGCCGCGAUGAAGCCCUCAUCCGCUGCAAGCUCAACCUCCUCCUUGUCUGUGCUCACGAUCUAGUAUUGUCGUUUUUGAGCAAAUCUGCUCGAUCCCGCAAAGAACUUGGCAAGGCAGACACAACUGUCUACGGAAUUUCCACCGAUACCAUGACUUUCACGUUCAUGAAGCUCGACAAUGAGUCUCGGUGGUCGUACAAAAUUGUCGGUGUCGUUGGAAAUGGGUUCGAACAAGUGCUUGGCCUGCUAGUCUACCUGAUGGGGAAAGCAGCCUCGGUGUCACCCGCCACCUCCAAACGCACAUCUUGCCGGACACAAGAAGGAUCAUGGGAGUCUGACCUGAUCUUCGACUGUGACCCUGAGAUGGAUGUUGAGACGGAUGUUGAGAUGGAUGAAUGA